CCCGGAGCGGCUUCGGGGAGAGGAGAGAGGCGGUGGGUGGGCAGCGCUCCGUCCUCUCAGCGCCUCCUCCCGCGGUGUCGGCGAGCGGGGACACCACACACACACACACACAUACAUACAUACAUACAUACAUACAACACACAUACAACACAUAGAGAAACACACGAACACACACACACAGAAAGCCGCCCCUCCUCACAUACAUACACACACACACGCUCGGGCACCCACGCACCCACCUACAUGCACACGCGCACACGCCCCGGUUGGAAGGAAGGAGCCGCGGCCGAUCGCCCCGCAGCCCCGCGCCGAGCUCCCACCGCCGCCUCCUUUUGUCUGCAGCCCCCGCCGGGAUCCGGCCGUGGAUGUGGCGCUGCGGGAGCAACGCGGGGCCCCGCCACGGGGCGGAGGGGGAAGUUUGAAUUGGGGUUCUGAUCGCUUCCCCUUUACAACCCGCUCCCUCUCCCUGCCCGGCGGGUCGUGUUGCUUCUCUUUUUAUUAUUAUUAUUUUUUUUGGUUUAAUUUUUUAAUUUUUUUAUUAUUUUUUUUUUCUCGAUUUAAAUUUCUGAGCCCGCCGCGUGGGGUCGGAUCUCGUUUCUUUUUUUUUUUCCUCUCCCCGCCUCCGCCCGCCGCCAUCCCCUCAGCCGCGAUGGAUCGUAGCGGCGGCGGCGGCGGCGGCUCCGGAGACCGCGGUCAACGCGCAGAGGACGGCAGAGCUCUCCCCGCUGAACCGCCGCCGGGCCCCGAGGGCACCCGCCCCGCAGCCGCCCCGUGUCGCCGGGCCCUGCUGCAUUGCAACGGCAUGAGAUACAAACUGCUGCAGGAGGGGGACAUCCAGGUGUGCGUCAUCCGGCACCCCCGGACGUUUCUCAGCAAGAUCCUCACCUCCAAGUUCCUACGGAGGUGGGAGCCGCACCAUUUGACCCUGGCGGACAGCGCCGUCGCUUCGGCCACGCCAACUGGGUACAUGGAAAACUCCAUUUCCUACAGUGCUAUUGAAGAUGUUCAACUGCUGUCCUGGGAGAAUGCCCCUAAGUACUGUUUACAGCUCACGAUCCCGGGGGGUACUGUCUUACUACAGGCUGCAAACAGUUACCUGAGGGAUCAGUGGUUCCAUUCUUUGCAGUGGAAGAAGAAGAUAUACAAAUACAAGAAGGUGCUCAGCAACCCCAGCCGCUGGGAGGUGGUGCUGAAGGAGAUCAGGACGCUGGUGGACAUGGCGCUGACAUCUCCGCUCCAGGAUGAUUCUAUUCACCAAGCACCACUGGAAAUCGUCUCAAAACUGCUCUCAGAGAACAACAACUUAACCACUCAAGACCAUGAGAGCAUUAUUGUGGCAAUUGCACCUUUGCUGGAAAACAACCAUCCUCCUCCUGACCUCUGUGAAUUCUUUUGCAAGCACUGCCGAGAGCGCCCACGGUCAAUGGUUGUGAUAGAAGUGUUCACACCGGUGGUACAGCGGAUUCUCAAACACAACAUGGAUUUUGGGAAAUGCCCUCGAUUGCGUCUGUUUACUCAGGAGUAUAUUCUGGCUUUGAAUGAGCUGAAUGCUGGAAUGGAGGUGGUGAAGAAGUUUAUUCAUAGCAUGCACGGUCCAACUGGACAAUGCCCCCAUCCGAGGGUCCUGCCAAAUCUUGUAGCUGUCUGCUUAGCAGCAAUUUAUUCAUGUUAUGAGGAGUUUAUCAACAGUCGAGACAAUUCGCCAAGCCUGAAGGAAAUUCGGAAUGGCUGCCAGCAGCAGUGCGACCGAAAGCCUAAUCUCCCCCUCCGCCUUCUUCACACGAGUCCUGACCUGGUCUCUCAGGAGGCUACCUUGACUGAAUCCCGGCUCAAGCCUGUCAUUGUCACUUCAAAUGAGAUCCACGUGGAAGUGGAACGCAACAACACGGCUAAUCAGAAGAUGACAGCCAACGUGGGCAAUGACAGCGAGCCCAACCUGAUUGACUGCUUGAUGGUCAGUCCCACCUGCAGCACCAUGAGCAUUGAGCUGAGCGCCCAGGCAGACAGGAUCCUUGGCUGCUAUGUGGAAAUACUCAAGAUGCUGUCAGACUAUGAUGACUGGAGACCAGCCCUGGCCAGCUUGCUUCAACCUAUCCCAUUUCCUAAGGAGGCGCUUGCACAUGAGAAAUUCACAAAAGAGCUGAAAUACGUGAUUCAGAGAUUUGCAGAAGACCCAAGACAAGAAGUCCACUCAUGUUUGCUGAGCGUGCGGGCUGGCAAAGAUGGCUGGUUCCAGCUCUACAGCCCUGGAGGAGUGGCAUGUGAUGAUGAUGGGGAGCUGUUUGCCAGUAUGGUUCAUAUUCUAAUGGGAUCUUGCUAUAAAACAAAGAAGUUUCUGCUUUCACUGGCUGAAAAUAAAUUAGGACCUUGCAUGCUGCUGGCCUUGAGGGGUAACCAGACGAUGGUAGAGAUCUUGUGUUUGAUGCUGGAAUACAACAUCAUCGAUAAUAAUGACACCCAGCUCCAGAUCAUCUCUACUCUGGAAAGCACAGACGUGGGAAAGAGAAUGUAUGAACAGCUGUGUGACAGGCAGAGGGAGUUAAAAGAGCUGCAAAGAAAAGGUGGUCCCACGAGGUUAACACUGCCAUCCAAGUCCACAGAUGCAGACCUGGCCCGUUUGCUAAGCUCGGGAUCUUUUGGAAAUCUGGAAAAUCUCAGCCUGGCCUUUACCAAUGUAACAAGUGCUUGUGCUGAGCACCUCAUUAAACUGCCUUCACUCAAGCAGCUGAACCUGUGGUCAACCCAGUUUGGAGACGCAGGGCUGCGGCUCCUGUCUGAACACCUCACGAUGCUGCAAGUGCUCAACCUGUGCGAGACGCCUGUCACGGAUGCUGGUCUGCUGGCCCUUAGUUCCAUGAAGAGCCUGUGUAGUUUAAACAUGAACAGCACCAAACUUUCAGCAGACACCUAUGAAGAUCUCAAGGCCAAACUGCCCAACCUGAAAGAAGUGGACGUUCGUUACACCGAAGCCUGGUGAACUCUGCCUGCCUCUGGCUCUCUUUUGCUUCUGGUGGGAAGGAGAAGAUUUUUAAAGCAAACAAAAGAAAAGCAAAGCGGAGAAAAAAAACUUUUUUUUUUUGGCUGAUUCCUGUAGAGCAGCGAGCGCUGGGACGUGGUGGGAAGGGCACGUUGUGAGCAGGAGGAGUUGUGUUUGCUGGGACAGAGCAGGCCUGGACCCGAAUCCUUGCAGCUUUGUGAUUUCGGAAUCAACAUCAUUUAAAUUGAAAAGGAGAAAAUUUAAAAAAUUUAAAAAUUAAAAAAAAAAAAAUUAAAAAAAAAUUACG